AUGUGGGAGACCAAGUUCAAAUCACCACCGCCUGAUGUGGAGCCAGGGUUUGAACGCAGAUCUCCGAUUCAUUGUGGACUGCUCAAAAAGAAGAAGGAAGAUGCAGAGAAUGCUCUAGAGCUGUGCACCAAUGAAUCUCCUGAGGCCGAAAGGUGUGAAAGCAUAGAGCUUGAUGAUGAAAUAAGAAAUCUGAUAGAGAAGAACAGUAUUGCACAGUACCAUGAGAACUCUGAGUUCAUUGCCCAAGAACGUGUGCUCAAACAGAUGACUUCGUGUUCCCUGAAGACCUGCAGUAAAACAGACAUCCAAAGCCUCUUUCGACUGCCACAGACAGGCAUGAAUGGCCCGGAAACUUCAGCAGACCAGUUACAGUGUACAUUACUGACAAAAAAGAAGAUACCAACAGGUACCCUUGAACAACAGAUCAGAAUACUGGAAAGACAGAGACAAGAGCUGCUGGAGGUGAACAAGCAAUGGGAUCAACAAUUCAGAAGUAUGAAACAACACUAUGAAAAAAAGCUCGCAGAAGUGAAAGCAAAACUGGGUGCAUCACAGAGGAGUAUCAGUGAGCUGGAGAAAGAAAGGCACCAGAAUCAGCAAGAAUGUGAGAGGCUGCAAGCCCUGGUCAGAGAUGGACCGCUUCAGGAAGCGAAAGAAAAAGAAAUUCUAAAUGAAGUAUUUAAUGAACUGAAGGAAGAGAACAAGGUCCUGAAGGAAGAGAACAAGGUCCUGAAGGAACAAAGAACUUCAGUAUCCAAAAAGAAAGAGUACUAUGAGUGUGAAAUAAGUCGCCUCAACAAGGCCCUUCUGGAUGCACUGCAAAAGCAACACCCGUCCAUUUUUGUGCCUCAUUUGGAUAAGUCUGAUAGGAACUGCAACCAUGAAGAGAUGAGGACCCAACUGGAAGUUCUCAGACAGCAGGUACAGAUAUAUGAAGAAGACUUUAAAAAGGAGCGAUCUGACCGAGAAAGACUUAAUGAAGAGAAAGAAGCACUGCAAAAACUUAAUGAAAGAUCACAGUCCCAACUGAACAAGCUAAAUUCUCAGAUAAAAGCAUGUUGGCAAGAAAAAGAACUUCUAGAGAAGCAAUUAAAGCAACAGACAAAAGACCUCCCUGUGUCAUCUGAAAAGUGCUGCUUCCUGCCUCAGAUGUUUCUUCCACCUUGUGUUAACUAUGGAAACUGUGGAUUAGUUGUCCGCUACCAAGACCCUCGAGUACAAAUGUCAUCACGGGGCAUGUAUGAUCAGCAGCAGCACCCUCCGGAUUAUCAAUGGUAUGUUCCGGACCAGUUUCCGCCAGAUGUGCAGCACAAGGCAAAUGAUACUUCCUCAGAGAAAGAAGUCCAUCACUGAAAGCAUAUGAACUAGAGAAGUGCAGAUGAAUUACACAUGCUUCCAUACUGUGAAAGACUGGGAGCUAGCCUGAUGUUUCCUCGUAACUUUAUUGUUCUUUGUUUUUUGCGUAUAGCUCCUUAUGUCUCCAGUGCAUGUUACUUGUACCUGGUGAAAUCCCAGUGGGGGUGGUGAUGAUGAUGGAGACACAGAUAAAUCCUUCACACAUGUGAUCUUCAAGAACUGGUUAAAUUAUCUGGGGAAACACCACUCCUUUCCCUUCCUUUUGUGGAAGAUGCUGCCCAUACUAGCUACACGGAUCUAUAGAAACAUCUUAUGAUACAACAUUUAACUACUGCUGGAUAUUAAGAGGAUGUUGCAUCUGAUUUGAAUAUAAAAUGUUUAAGCACAUUAAUAUUGUGAUCUUGUGUAAGAAUCACAAUCCAUUUUAUUUAAUUUCUGAAAAUUAUUUGUUGUGCCAUUUUGAAUUCUGCACUCAUUUCUCUUCAUAUAUAUUUAUGGAAUGAUAGCUCUUCAGAGAAGCUGCUGUCUACUACUCUAUGUUUGUACUGUGCCUAGUAUGAAUGAGCCCCGUUUUUAGUUGGUCCUUAGGCACUUCUGUAAUAAACAUGAUUAUUAUUAAUAAUAGGUUGACUGAUGAAAAUGACAAUCCUACUUUUUAACAACAUUUGCAUAAUAACUGUAAUUAUGUCUCACGUUGUUCAAUUUUCCAUGGUAGACAGUGAACCUGCUCCCAUUUAAGUCAUGGCCAAUUCUUCCAAUUAUUUCUAUAGUAGAAAGCUUGGGCCUAAGGCCUGCAAAGGAUAUGAUCAUAAUUCUGUGUUUGUAUAUAUAUUUGUAUAAAUGGAAUAUUAAUGGAAAUAUUCCACUGAUUUAUACUGAGAGUGGAAACAAGUUUCUACUUAUAGAGGAUUUUAGUAAUUAAUAAUGCUAAACAUAAUUGUCCAACCUUUAAUUUGAGAACACAAUUACAUUUUAGAUAGAAUAGUUCUAUUUAAACCAUGAAACUUUGUAGGAAAUCAGCAUGAUAGAUGUUUGGCCAACACUGCAUGAUGUUAUCUGCUCACAGUAUUACUGCUCUUUCCCUUCAUAUAUUUAGUAGGACAAUUCUUGUAGGGAUUCUGCCACAGCCUGUUAGGGCUCUGCCUUACAUAGGGGUAAGUCUUGUGCCUUAUGCAGUAGGUCACAUGAAAAGUCUAAUGGAUGUUCUUGCUGAAUUAGUAGAAAUUUCUUAGUGUGAGUCUAAUUUCACACCACACCUUCCUAAAUCGUACCAAGGCAGAGUUUUCAAGUGGACCUACCAGCCCUCAUGGCCAUAUGCAGGAUAAUUUCCACAUUAAUAACAAUCCAUUUUUAUUCCCAUUAAUGGACAAAGACUUUUGCAUUAAAAUAAUAAGCUUCAUGGAUUAAAUGUUUUCAGCAUUUGAAUUCAGACCCAAUGGAAAACAAUCCCUGGGAAAGGAUUUCUCUGCAAUUAAAUUAAUUCCUCCAA